AAACGAAAAAUAAUGGCGGAGCUCGCGGCCACCACUGACGAGGACUCCCUCGGGGCCGAGAAUGAGUACGGUUUGCGAGAUCUAGCGAGACUGCCUCUGCUGGAGCAAGUGCAUCGACUGUUCCAUGCCAUUCAGUGCAAAUAUCCCUACAAAGAGACCAAUGCGUGGAAGACUUUGCCACUGGAUCAGAAGAAGAAAAUGCUGAGCUACAUUCGUGACAAGCGGCAACGCAAGCAACAGAGUGCUGCGGAGUCCAAGGGCGAGUCAGCUGCUGAUGAUGAGUCCAAGUCGGUAGACAAGGAACCUCCUAUGGACCCUGCAAUGGCUGUCAAGUCCGAUCCUUAUCUCAAGAUGCUGCAGCAGAGAAGUUUACGUUCGGCAGGCUCCGCUGUGACUGGAGAGGAUGGGACAGCUCUGCCCAAGCACCCGAACAGUGCUUAUGUUGCGCCAGCACAGGUGCCGCAUUAUACCCACGUGAAGCCCAAGUUUAAGUCGCGCUGGCAGGUGGCGGAAGGAGAGUUCUUUGAAGAAAUGUGCGCGUGUGGAGUGAAGCAUAACACGAGCAAGAAGGGCAAGAAGGCGUCUUUGAUGCUGCACACUAUCAGCUCCAUGAUGAGCACGUUUGGUGACAGUACCAAAUCCUGUGUGACUGCUGUGGAAGAGGUGCAGGCCCUGGUUGGUGACCACAUGCGGAAGGUUUUAGGCUCAGUGAACCCGGAGGUGCUGACGGCUUCGUCGUGUUUGAGGACACUAGUGGAAAUAUUUGAGGAAGAGGCAAUAUAUUACGGGCGUUGGCGGGAAUUCCGUGGCGAGACGAAGCACGAAGAGAACGAGCUGGAAGAAGUGGAGGAAGAAGAACUGGCAGAAGAGCUGGACCUAUUUGCUGUGUCUGAGGCUGAGGACGUGUUUAACGAGGCGUUUCUGGAGCGGAUACGUUUCGCCGACGAGCGCACAAAGAAGAUGGACUGGUCUAUCUACGACGUGUUCGCGAGAGGCCGCAAACUGAAUUUCAUGAACAACAAGGCGCAGCAAUUCCGCGAGUGGUUGGGGCUCGGAAAGAUCUCGCGCGCGUCGCUCGAGUUCCUCAACUUUGUUGCUUAUCACAACAUUGGCCGGUUAGUGGAGCUGGCAAUCAAGAAUCGGACUGGCGGCGAGCUGAAACAAUUGGAGACUCCGUUGCUGAAAGAUGACAUUGAGUCCGUGGCGUUGACGUUCCUCCCCGCUCAGCCUCUGCCUAAGCUCAUUGACCGACCACCUGCCGCGAAAACUCUGGUAGGGACAGCCAAGCCAGCAAUCGCACCUUCGAUCGUCAGUGCCAGACCUACGCGACUAAAAAGGUUACGAUAA